GGCCUGCCUUUUUCCGUCUCGGCGGGGGAGGAGAGAUGAAGUGUCCUUCUGUCCUCAAGGGCUUGGGAGGAUGGCCUGUUCUCGGACUCCGCCAUCGGGUCUCCCGCGCCUCCAGGCCCCAGACCCCCCCCUCAUGGGCUUUUGUUCCAGCCAGCGCCCCCCCGGACACCACAGCAAUCGAGAAGCUCCAGGCAUUCGUGGUCCACUGCCGUCGGCUCUUGGUCUUGACUGGAGCGGGGAUCUCCACGGAGUCCGGCAUCCCAGACUACCGUUCUGAGGGCGUGGGCCUUUACGCCCGGUCCGACCGACGGCCCGUCCAGCAUGCUGAGUUUCUCCGCAGUGCUGCAGCCCGGCAGAAGUUCUGGGCCAGGAACUUUGUGGGUUGGCCCCAGUUUUCCUCCCACCAGCCCAACGUGGCACACUGGGCUCUGAGCCACUGGGAACAGCUGGGGAAGCUGCACUGGCUGGUGACCCAGAACGUGGAUGCCCUCCAUACCAAGGCUGGGAGUCGGCGCGUGACGGAGUUGCAUGGCUGCACACACAGGGUUGUGUGCCUCAGCUGUGGGGCCUGGGUCUCCCGGGCACAGCUCCAGGAACAUUUUGAGGCCCUGAACCCCACAUGGACAGCUGAGGCCCAUGGCGUGGCCCCCGAUGGAGACGUCUUCCUGACAGAAGAGCAGGUGCGCCAUUUCCAGGUCCCGUCGUGCAGCAAGUGUGGUGGGCUACUGAAGCCAGACGUGAUUUUCUUUGGGGACAAUGUGUGCAAGGAGAAAGUGGACUUUGUGUACCAGCGCCUUGAGGAAUCAGAUGCGGUCCUUGUGGCAGGGUCUUCCUUGCAGGUCUUCUCAGCUUACAAAUUUGCGCUUGCGGCCCGGGACAGGAAGCUGCCGAUCGCCAUCGUUAACAUCGGCCCCACGCGGGCAGAUUCCUUAGCCUCUUUAAAGCUGAAUUCCCGCUGUGGGGCAUUGCUGCCUUCGAUUCUCCUUUGAGUGACCUGGUGGGGCAUCCAGACAAGUCAAGAUUCAAGGGUUCCCAGUGAUGUGUUGUCUGUUCAGGAAGCCAUUUCACUGGCCAAAAUGCCAAAAGGUAUCAUCUUCUAGAACAGAUUCUCCAUGGAAAUCUUCCUGCUACCCUCUUACUUCAAAACCCUUUUUCCUUCUUUCUCAUAUAAACACCUUGGGUUCCAGCUGUUGUCUUGACUCAUUCAACUUCACAGGUGGCUUUAUCGUGGCUUAAAGACAGUGGAGUUAGAAGAAUCUCACUUAGAGGGCUUGUAGCUCUCCCAGCCAACCAGCAACUCUUGAAAUCAAGGUUGUGGAAAUCCAAGUAGGACUGAGUCAUCCAGGAGCCAAGAUCAAAGAGGAAAAACCUGGAACAGCGUGGCCUUCAUCGAAUGAAACAGCUAUUAAGCCUGGGAUGGAUAACCAACAGGCUACAUGCACUCUCAGCUCACAGUUCAGUGGCAAAUCACAGAUUCAAUUGGACAGUAUUUUGCCUUUUUACUGUAAAUACUGUAUACUGAAGUGGGCAGUUGAUGCUUUUUAACAGGGAGUUGAAUAAAGGCAUCAAUUUCAGAGAAA